AAUAAUAAGACAUUGACGACUCUUGUGUCAUGAAAAUCAUUGCCUUGUUUGUAUUAAGAAAGGAAGAGGGAGAAAAGGAACCUUUUAUAUUGUCUAGUGCUUAUCACCUUAACGAAUUUGGCUAUUUUCAAAGAAACAGUAUCCGAGAAUUCGCAAACUUCUUCGCGAAAACUCUGGUCAAAAGAGUACCUUGUGGUGAAAGAGCCUCUGUGGAACACCAAGAUACUUAUGUUUGUCACGUUUACAACGCUCCCAGCGGAUUGGCUACUGUUGUAUUAUGUGAUAAGGAAUACCCCAGAAGAGUGGCCUUCACACUCCUUGGAAAAGUAAUCGAUGAAUUUACAAAAGAAUUCAAUGAAAAUGUUUGGAAAACGACCUAUAUAGAACUGACUUGUUCCUUUGUCCAAAAAGCAGUCGAUGAGUAUCAAGAUCCAGCUAAAGCAGACUCCAUUGUACGCAUACAAAAGGACUUGGACGAAACCAAAAUUAUAUUACACAAAACCAUAGACUCUGUAUUGGAAAGAGGCACAAAGUUGGAUGCACUAGUGGAAAAAUCCAACGACUUGAGUAUGCAGUCUAAAAUGUUUUAUCGUACGGCAAGGAAACAAAACUCAUGUUGUGGUUUUAUGUGAAAAUACGGAACAAUAUUUCGUAAAUAACAAAUACUCAAAAGUUUUGCAAUAUGUUUUAGAAAAUGUCAUUGUCAUCGUUAUAAAAUAGCAUUGCUUGGU